UGCUCUCAGAGGCUGGAUAGUAUCAAUAAUCAUUAAGGGGUCGUGUGUGUUCACGUGUGAAAUUAGUUAUUGAUAUACAAUAUAUUUCGGACACAAUUACUAGUUUAAAAGCAGGUUUAGGAUAGGACUCAAAAUAUGCCUCAUCCAUCCCUUAAGUAUAUAGCUAAUUCGCAGUAGUCCCAAAGAGAAGACACGUGAUUUGCGUUUGAAGAAAGGCGCUCACCAUGGUGCUGAACACUGCACGUCCUCCACUUCAACGCACACAGUUGACAUAGUUUCAUAAAUACUAUAGUACACCUCCGUGUCCGCUUCCAGUAGGAGCGCUUUGCUUUACAUUUUUAUUCGACUCUGCGGAAAUGAUCCCCCUAGGUGGCUAUAGUUCUUGCCAGGAGCAUCAGUAUCAAACCUGCAAGUGCAAGGGAUUUAGACAAGGAGGGGGCGGUGAGUGUAGAGAAGAGCGACAGCAAACGAGAGCGGGGAAGGGAGAUAAAGUUAUUGCAGCGACGUGUCUAAAAGCUCUGCUUAUUAAAAAAUAAAUCUUCUCAACUCGUGCCUUGACAAAAGGAUUCUAUAGGAACAAAAAAAGAAGAUGGAUAUCAUUAUGGAGAAUACCCCUGAAAUGGAAUGUGUUGACCAGGGCGAGGCGCUUCACUCGGACAGUGCCUAUGGGUCAUCUGCGGUGGACACGGAUACAGAGGACUGCCUGACUCCCCUCGAGAUCACUUUCCCCUAUAACGAGGACCUAAUGCACAAGACCAUCAUGGUGGGAGACAGCGGCGUGGGGAAGACCUCUCUGCUGGUCCAGUAUGACCAAGGCAAGUUCAUACCCGGCUCCUUCUCUGCCACUGUGGGCAUCGGCUUCACGGUGAGUCUCUGCGUUAUUGUCUGCCAUGAGCCAUAGGGGACAAGUGACCAUGAAGGACCACAUCACUUUGUUACUGGGAUUGAUGGGACAACAAGUGUCUUCCCUUCCAAGCUCCCUAAAUGCUGUUUUCUGAGGUGCCAAUCAUCUUCCUCUUUCUGCAAUCAUAAUUAUCUUUAGCACACAGUUGGGUGUUGCUAGAAAGCGGGUGUAUGAUUACAGUUAAUGUUGCACCAGUUGGUCUGUUCCCUGAUGGAUAGCUGUGUUUCACAGAUGUAUCACUCACUGUUGUGAAUGUGAACUGGAGUGAUUGAUUGUCUGCAUAUACAGUCUACAUUAUCACUGUGGUGAUGUAUGGUGGGCUUCCAUUCACAGAGAAAAUUUAUGAAAGAAAGAA